AGGCGUCGCUAGGGCAGUGCGCGCGUGGCCACACUGGUAGAGGGUAGCGACCGUGCCCACACACUCAGUCCCCACACGCGGCCGUCACCAAUCGCACGUGGACUCCACCACCGCAUAACCUCGCUGGCUCGUUCGCUGGUGCCUCGCUCGCUCCGUCACAGCCCAGGCGAAGCAGACCCAAACCCCAGCAUCUCCCAGGCCAGAGACAAGUUGUAUUAGCAUUCGCUAGUCUCCCUCGGCCUCCUAAGCAUCCCGAUGGAGAAGUCUCCGAUGUACGCCGUCCUCACGCCCCCAGGAGAGGGCAGGCGGCAGUGGCUGGCGUGGAUGGCAGCCUUCGUGAGCCUGCUGGCCCUGGUCGUGUCCGUCGUGACCGCCUGCGUGGCCGUGCAGCAGCUCGACCGAGUCACGGAGGUCGAGCAGAAGAUGAUCGAGAUGAAGAUGCACUUCGAGCGGCUCCUCAAUGAGUACGACUACGACAUCUAUGACUACGACGACCCUAAGGCGGUGAACAUCGAAGAGCUGACACUACAGAGCGUUGUCAGGAAGAAGAGGGAGGCUGACGAUGGACAGAACGCCGGAGUGCCUAUCUACGAGCAAGCUUAUGGACUCCCGCCUCGCUCCACCGCCAAGGGCCUUCGUCUCUACGGGGACUUCCUCGCUGGCGGCGUCAGCGAAGCGCCCGAACUCGGCCCCGAGGUCACCGAGUCGCCCAUCAAGCCGUAUCACAGAAUAUCGAGUAUGUGGGUGCCUAAGGAGCGACGCCGGUAUUCCUCAGGCACACUCUCCUCCAGGAACCACGGGAACGAACUCGACGGCAGCGAGGAAGCCGACGCAGAGGUGAUCCGCCAGGCCGCUCGGAGCCAAGUCCUAAGGAGGAGGUCUCGCGUUAAGAGUCUCCAAGGGCCGGGCAGGAGUGUGCGCCGCCGCCAGAAGUCUCGAACACCCUCUAACACAAAACCUGCCCCUGUCUUCUUCCGCGAGGGCUUGGUCAAGGCGACCGAGCGCGCCAGUGCCCGAGCGAACAGCGUCGUCCCCCAGACAGCCAAGGUCAUGUCGCAGCCCCAGGUCGUGCCCCAACCCGUGCCCCAACCCGUGCCCCAGAUGCCCCAGAGCCCGAAAGCCUUUGAGAGCAGACCGCUGUCAACCCUCCGUGCUCAGCAGGACCGAGCAGGCAAGAAAAUCCCGAGGAAGAAGCAGAGCCACCGCCGGCGCCGCACGAACCCCGUGGUCACCGUCGCUCACUUCGUCGCCACGCCCGCCAACAGGACCGCCCACCACCACGCAGGAGUCAGCGAAGACGUGCACGGCGAGUGGUCACCUGCUGCCUGGAUGGACAAGCUAGGCCUCAACCGCAAGUAUUCUCUUCGAAGGGGCGUGGUCACGGUUAAGGAAGCUGGCUUGUAUUAUCUCUACGCACAGGUGCUGUACCAGCCUGGACGCUUCGGCAGUGGGUUCCAGGUGGUCGUCGACAGCAUCCCCAUCAUGGAGUGCACGCUGGCUCCCGCUCAGCCGUCUCCAUCUUGCCACACCGGGGGCGCCACCUACCUUCCCAGGAACGCCGCUGUUUACAUCCGGGACCUCGACCACCACAUGACCGCCGUGAAGAACGAGGAGAACAGCUUCUUCGGCCUCGUCAAGCUGAUGGACGCCCCCGCCACGGCCGAAAAGCUCCUGCUCGGCUGAGAGUCUUGAAGCUUUUCCGACUCGGGCGAGGAAAGGAAGAUAGGAGGAUGGGAAGGACGAUGAAGGUGGUAAUAAUACGAGAGAGAGAGAGAGA